AUCUUCUUACUCAAAUGAAACCAGCCCUGCUUCUUGCCUUGCAGAUGAACUGGGGUCUGGACACUGCUGAAGAACUUUCUGAGAAGGCUCACCUGCAGUUUGAGAAAUGGUGAAUGACUACAAGAAAAUUGUCCUUCUGUCAGGACUAAAGGGUAUCAGUGACCAUAAUUUUAAAAUAGUUAAGUCCUUGUUGAGCAAAGAACUAAAACUAAAUAGAAAAGCACAAUAUGGUUAUGACAGAAGUAAGAUCGCUGACUUGAUGGAGGACAAGUUUCCAAAAGAUGCUGGAAUAGACACACUGAUAGAACUGUAUAAAGAGAUUCCAGACCUUGAAGACCUUGCUGAUGAACUCAAAAGAGAGAAGGCAAAAGCUAAAAGGAAACAGACAGAGAAAAGCAUAAGUGAGGCGAAAAGACACAGGAGAGAUGAACCCAGUACUUCUCAACCAAUACCCACCAUACAUGAAGAUUCAAAACCAGGAUCAGGCAGGAGUACACGGAACUCACAGGCUCCCCGGCUAGCUCCAGCAACUUCUUCUAAGAGGGACCAAGCCACUCAAGUAUCUCCAGAAACAACAUCUCGUGGGGUCCAAACUUUCCAAGUGCCUCUAACCUCAGCAUCUAGCAGUACCCAAGCCCCUGGAGUGUUUCUAGCCAAGAAACCAAGACUAAAGACUGUACCUGAGCAACCUUCUGAGGGAAAUGGUCAACACCCAGAUCCCAAAAAAGUGAUGGUGUUAAAAGCAACAGAACCAUUCACGUAUGACCUGAGAAGAGGGAAAAGGAUGUUCCAUGCCACAGUGGCCACUGAGACUGAAUUCUUCAGAGUGAAGGUGUUUGAUAUUGUUCUGAAAAAGAAGUUCAUCCCCAACAAGGUCAUUACCAUCUCAAAUUACUUUGGUCGCAAUGGGUUCAUAAAUAUAUACAGUGCCACCAGUGUGUCAGAGGUAAAUGGUAACCAGUCAAUGAAUAUCCCAACUACCCUGAGACAAAGAGCCAAUGCAACACCUAAAAUCAAUUAUCUUUACUCCAAAAGAAGAGGAAUAUUUGUGAAUGGAGUGUUUAUGGUAAAUAAGAAAAAUGAAACAAAGGACUGCAUUUGCUAUGAAAUCCAAGAUAACACAGGGAUGAUGGAAGUGAUGGUCUAUGGACGACUGACCAGUGUUAACUGUAAUCCAGGAAAUAAAGUUAGACUCAUGUGCUUUGAAUUAACAGAUGAGGGUAAAGUGUACCUGAAAUCUAUGAGGCACAGUAACAUGAAGGUCAUCAAGGCUGAGAAAUGAGAAACAACCACCCUAUCUUGCUUCAAUUAUGAAACCAUGAGUUUUCACUGUGGAGACUUGGACACCUCUGAUGUUUAUAGAGAUAAGAUCUAGUUCCAACUACAGAUAAAGAUCAUAUGUGUAACAGAUAAAAGUCAGUUCUUUGCUCCAGGAAAUAAUGAUUUUAAUUUUAUCCUUUUUCCAUUUUUUGCAUUUUAAUCAGAUUAUUUGAUUUUAUAAUGCUUAUACGUUGAAAAGAAGGAAAGCUUUUUACUCUGAAUCAAGUACUUCUGCAAUUUCAUCCAUUUGUUACUUGCUUUAAAAACUCGAUCAUUCCUGUUCGUUCCUCUCCCCACUCCCCAUCUACAAUAGGAUGUCUGUUCUAUUUCCCAUCCACAGUGAAGUUCGUGUUUUAUGCCCUUGAGCUUUCCUUGAUACUUGGCUUCUCUGGGUCUAUAGAUUAUAGAAUGGCUAUCCUUUGCUUUAUGAUUAAUAUCUACUUAAAAGUGACUACAUACCAUGUUUGUCUUUCUGUGUCGAGGUUACCUUACUCAGAAUGAUCUUUUCUAGUUCCAUCCAUUUGCCAAAAAUGUCAUGAUGUCAUUGUUUUUAACAGCUGGGUAACACUCUCUUGUGUAACUGUACCAUUCUUUGGUUGAGGGACAUCUCGGUUAUUUCAGUAUCUGGCUAUUAUAAAUAAAGCUGUUGUGCAAAUGUGCUUGUGGUAU